AAGAACACUCCUUCUCCAUCAGACGCCAAAAAGCAAUCGGAGAUGGUUCACGAGCAAGAUCUGAAGAUUAUUAACGCCUUGGACCUCUCUAGAACUGUUCUGGUUCGCAGCGUCUCUUUCGAUUUCGAAGAAUCCUCCUUCCGCAAAGUCUUUGAAGCCUUUGGAGCGAUCCAAACGGUCUUCAUGGUACGCUCCCCUCGCGGUCGUCUUCAAGGCUAUGGAGCCGUCGAAUUCGAAGACGCAGAAGCCGCCAAAAAAGCGAUCGCCGCUGGGAAAGUGGAGUACUUGGGCCGUGAAACGACGAUCUCGGUGUUGGAGAACGCAGAGGAGUUGGAUCGAACAGCGAAGCGAAAACUGAAGCGAGAGAAGUUUUUGGAGGGAGUUCGAGAGAAAAAGCGAAACGAGAGAAACGAAAAGAAGCGAAAAGAAAAAGAAAAAGAAAAAGAAAAAGAUGAAGAUGAAGAUGAUGAUGAUGAUGACGAUGAUGAAGAGGAGGAGGAAAUAAAAGAGAGAAAAAGGGGAAACAGAGGUGGAAACCGCGGUGGAAACAGAGGUGGAAACCGAGGUGGACGAGGACGAGGACGAGGCCGAGGUGAAAACCGCGGUGAAAAGAAAGAAAGGCAAAGCGAAAGAAGCGAACGAGGACAGGGAAACCGGGGAAACCGGGGAAACCGGGGUGGUUUUAGAGGUGGUCGAGGACGUGGAGGCAGCGAAAACCGCGGAAGAGGAGGAUUUAGAGGACGUGGACGCGGUGGAAACCGAGGAAACGGUGGAAACCGAGGUGGAAAUCGAGGUGGGAAGUAACUGAGUUUGAUGUCGUUUUGGUUUG